AUGCUCCAGUUUGCCGACGACGUUCUGCUUAUAGGAGAUGGAUCGGUUACUAAUACUUGGGCAUUCAAGGCUGUUUUGCGUGCGUUUGAAUUGACUUCUGGCCUGAAAAUUAAUUUCUCAAAAAGCUGUCCUUAUGGGAUAGGAGUAGACCCUGCUUUUCUUGUUGCAGCUGAAGAAUUUCUGCACUGUAAAUCGGGCAGGCUUUCGUUCAAUUUCCUUGGUCUUCUGGCUCCCAAGAAAAUUGUGAACGAUAUUAUCGCAAUCCAACGACGUUUUCUUUGGGCUGGGAAUUCCAAUAAAAAGUUCAUCUCUUGGAUAUCUUGGAACUCCAUCUGCAAGCCGAAGGAACACGGAGGUCUUGGCAUUAAACACGUAGGUCGCUUUAAUUGUGCUCUUAUAGAAAAAUGGCUGUGGAGAUUUCAAAGCGGCGGAAAUGAAAUUUGGAGAAAGACGCUCAUUCUCAGAUAUGGUAACUUGAGAAUGAAGGUGCAAACUUUCACCGACGUCGGUAGCUCGAAAUUCGACUCUUCUUAG